AUGUUCGUUAAGCAGAUCAUUAUCCAAGGCUUCAAGAGCUACAAAGACCAGACCGUCAUUGAGCCCUUUUCACCCAAGCACAAUGUCAUUGUCGGCCGCAAUGGAUCUGGAAAGAGUAACUUUUUCGCCGCAAUUCGGUUUGUUCUUAGCGAUGCCUAUACGCAUAUGGGCAGGGAGGAGCGCCAGGCAUUACUACACGAGGGAUCCGGGUCCGCCGUGAUGUCCGCGUACGUUGAGAUUAUUUUUGAUAACUCCGACGAUCGGUUUCCAACUGGAAAGUCGGAAUUAAUAUUGCGCCGUACUAUUGGGUUGAAGAAAGAUGAGUACACUUUGGAUCGCAAAAAUGCCACGAAGGCAGACGUGAUGAACUUGCUGGAAUCGGCUGGCUUUUCUCGCUCAAACCCAUACUACAUUGUCCCUCAAGGUCGCGUAACGACAUUGACCAAUAUGAAAGACACAGAACGUCUGGUUCUACUCAAGGAGGUUGCUGGGACACAAGUAUAUGAGGCGCGCCGUGCGGAGUCAUUGAAAAUUAUGAACGAGACGAACAACAAGAUCUCUAAAAUUGAUGAAUUACUAGACUACAUCAAUGAGCGCCUCGGGGAGCUAGAAGAGGAGAAAGAUGAACUCAGGAAUUUUCAGGAAAAGGAUAGGGAAAGAAGAUGUCUUGAAUAUACAAUUUAUUCGCGCGAACAAAAUGAAAUUGCUGGUGCACUGGAAAACAUCGAAAACCAAAGGCAGACCGGAGUCGAAGAUACGGAUGUGAAUCGCAAUAGAUUCAUUCAGGGGGAAAAUGAUAUCGCCCAGGUUGAUACUGAGAUCGCCGAAAGGAAACAGCAAAUAGAAUUGCUGAAAGUGGAAAAAUCUCAGUUAGAGGACGAUCGUCGAGACGCUUUUCGAACUCUCGCUCAGGCGGAGCUGCAAGGGAGAACGCUUGCGGAAGGACAAUCUGCCGCUCAGCAAGCCAAAGCCCGACAUGAGGCAGAUCUAAGUGCAGUCCAGAAAGCAAUAAAGGAGCGUGAGGCGGAACUAGAAGAACUUCUCCCACAAUUCAAUGCUCUGAAGGCAGAGGAAGAAGUGUCUAGAGGAAAAUUGACUGAAGCCGAAACCAGUCGUCAAAGGCUCUAUGCUAAACAGGGCCGUAUCUCGAGGUUUAAAAACAAGUCAGAGAGAGACAAAUGGCUACAGAAGGAAAUACAAGAUACUUACACCUCCCUCUCAACAGUCAAAGCCGUACGCAUGCAAACAGCAGAAGAAAUAACUCAGCUGGAAGGUGAAAUUGCGUUGCUCGAACCUGAAACAGAAAAGCUUCGGAAACAACUUGAUGGAAGAGGGGAUGCCAUGCAAUCUAUAGAACAAGAAGUCCUCGCAGCAAAGGAGGAGCGUGAUAGUCUGAUGGACCAGAGAAAGGAAUUAUGGAGAGAGGAGGCCAAACUUGACUCAAUAUUAUCUAAUGCCUCUCAAGAAGUCAAUCGUGCAGAGAGGAAUUUAUCGCAUAUGAUGGAUUAUAAUACAAGCCGUGGGAUUGCCUCGGUUCGGCGGAUAAAACAACAACUCGAUCUUGAUGGUGUGUAUGGGACGUUAGCUGAACUGUUCGAAGUUAGCGACAGAUACCGCACAGCCGUUGAAGUAACUGCCGGACAAAGUCUUUUCCAUUAUGUCGUUGAUACCGAUGAGACUGCUACGAAGGUAUUAGAGAUUCUACAGAAAGAAAAGGCGGGACGGGUGACCUUUAUGCCACUCAAUCGACUCAAGCCCAGACCGAGUAAUCUCCCAAGGGCCAGUGAUACCAUCCCGAUGAUUGAAAAGCUCCAAUAUGAUUCGAAAUACGAAAAGGCAUUCCUGCAAGUUUUUGGCCGGACGAUCAUCUGCCCAAACCUUCAGGUUGCUUCCCAGUAUGCGCGUAGCCAUGGUAUCAAUGCUAUCACUCCAGAUGGUGAUAGAUCAGAUAAACGAGGUGCGUUGACAGGAGGUUUCCAUGAUUCUCGCGUGUCACGACUUGAGGCAAUACGGACUGUGUCGAAGUGGCGUGAUGAGUUUGAAUCAAAGAGGAACAGGGGCACUGAGAUUCGGGGGGAGCUCGAAAAGAUGGAUCAACUUAUUACAAGGGCUGUUGGGGAAUUGCAAAAACUCGAGCAAAGAAAGCAACAGCUACAAGGAAGCAAUGCUCCUCUGCGACAAGAAAUUAAAAGCAAACGUGAUAUUCUUCUUAACAAGACGGAUACCAUCGAAGCAAAACGCCGUGCACUGAAGAACAUCGAAGGAAAUUUAAAUGUUCUUACUGAUCAAAUCGGUGCACACGAAGAAGAAUUAUCAACGCCAUUUGAAAAGGCUCUCUCAAACGAUGAGGAGACUCGUCUUGAAAAGUUGAGCUCCACAGUCCAGGACCUUCGACGGCAACACUCGGAGCUAUCUAGCAAAAGAAGUGAGAUUGAGACUAGAAAGUCGAUCUUAGAAGUCGAGCUUCGAGAAAAUCUUCAUCCCCGCCUUGACCAGCUAAUUGCCAGUGAUCUAGAUGCAAGCGAGGACUCCAUUCAAGGAAACUUGAAGGAGAGCCAACGCCAAAUCAAAAAAAAGAAUAAGGAACUGGAGAAGCUCAACUCUCAAGUCCAGAAACUGGAAGACCAAAUUGAAGAGGGAAAUACGGAAGUUGUUCAACUUGAACAACGUAAGGCAGAAAUCAGACGUGAACUCGAUGAGCUUUCUAAGUCUAUCGAAAAACAUCAACGUCGUAUGGAGAAGAGCAUGCAAAAGAAGGCCGCAUUGACAAAGCAGGCCGCUGAAUGCAGUGCUAACAUCCGUGAUCUGGGAGUCCUGCCAGACGAAGCCUUCACCAAGUUCAAGAAUACAGACUCCAAUGCAGUUGUGAAGCGAUUACACAAAGUCAAUGAAGCGCUGAAGAAGUAUUCCCAUGUCAACAAGAAGGCGUUUGAGCAGUACAAUAACUUCACAAAACAAAGAGAAACUUUGAUGAAGCGACGAGAAGAGCUGGAUGCGUCUCAUAAAUCCAUCGAUGAGCUGAUUAUGGUUCUUGAUCAGCGGAAAGACGAAGCCAUUGAGCGAACAUUCAAGCAGGUGUCUCGCGAAUUCGCCAAGAUAUUCGAAAAGCUGGUUCCAGCAGGACGAGGCAGACUGAUCAUUCAGAGGAAGACGGAUCCUACCAAUCGUCAAGACGAUGACAUUGAUUCCGACGAUGAAGAUGCUCGUCGUAGCGUUGAGAACUAUGUUGGUGUAGGGAUCAGUGUAAGCUUCAAUAGUAAGCAUGACGACCAGCAACGAAUUCAGCAGUUGAGUGGAGGCCAGAAAAGUCUUUGUGCUCUGGCUCUCGUUUUCUCCAUCCAGGCGUGUGACCCUGCCCCGUUCUAUCUCUUUGACGAGAUAGAUGCCAACUUGGACGCUCAGUAUCGUACGGCUGUUGCACAGAUGCUGAAGUCUAUAUCGGAAGAAACCAACGGACAGUUUAUCUGUACUACUUUCAGACCGGAGAUGCUCCACGUAGCGGAGAAGUGCUAUGGUGUUAGCUUCCGGAGCAAGGCCAGUACCAUUGACGUGGUCUCUAGGGACGAGGCGUUGAAGUUUGUGGAGGAGCAGAAAGUGUAA